AUGGGUGAAAAUUUUGCAAAAACCAAGACAAUUGAACGAAUGCCAGUAUCUGCUGGAAUGAAUGGAGUUCCAAUUGAUAUUUAUUCGGAUACAAUGCAUGGCAUUUUAGGCGGGAUAUGUAAAAAUUAUGAUUAUUCAUCUGAUAUAGAAUCAAACACGGAUAAUGAGAAUUUAAACAUUGAAGAGACGGGAAGUAAAAGUUUUAAUGGCAAAGGUAUAAAUAUCGAGAGGAAUGAUAGUAGUGAGGAAUCUAGUGAUAAUGAUAGUAAAGACUCGAGUGAUGCCGAAAUAGAUUCCAGUGAAGAUUCUGAUAGUGACAGGUCGGACUCUAGUGAGGAUACUGAUGAUAAUUCGGUGGAAAGUUCAGAAUUGGUGGAUAUAUCAAAUGGAAAUAUAAACGUUGAAAUGAGCAUAGACCCAGAGACGGAUUCAGUUUUGGAAGAUGAUGGUUUUGGAAUCGAUGAUCCGAUACCCGAGUUGAAUGAAGAAGAUGGGUUACACUCGGAACAAUUAGAAUUACUUGAAAAGUCAGAAAAAAUUCGAGAAUUUUUAAAGGACGAUUAUUUAAGAGAGAUAAUACUGGAGAUUGAUCAUUCUGCAAGAAAUGAUGAUCGCAAUGUUGAAACAUUAUUGGAUAAUAGAAGGAAAAAUGAUGAAAUGUUUAAUAAUUUUACUGAAGAGAUAUUGAAUUUAAUAUAUGGACCCCCUAAAAUGAACUUUUAA